AUGAAUUUUUCCAAUCGACCAAUAAUAUUUAAAAGAUUGAUAUCCAAUUUCAUACCCAGAUUUGAAUUUCCGAAGUACAAUGUUCCUUUAUCAGAUUUUAAAGGACAUCAGGUGAAAGCUCUUAAGAAAUUCCAAUAUUUAGCCCCUCAGCUGAACAUGGUAAUAGAAUUAAGAGAUAUUCGUGCCCCACUUUCGACUAGAAAUGUUUUAUUUGACAGAUUUUUUCUUGCCGGAAAUCAAAAGAUAAGGCGAUUGAUAGUAUAUACAAAAAAGGAUUUCAUGCCUCAAAAUACUGAAUUAACAGACACAUUAACUAGGUGGCACAAAGAAAUGAGUGAAAACUUUAUAAUUUUAGAUGGUAAGUCUGUUAAAGACACGAGGAACCUGAUGAAAGUUAUCCAAUGGGAAAGCGAUAAACUGAUGAAAGAUGAUGUGCCGCUCCCUAUGGGGUAUAGAAUAUUAGUCACAGGUAUGCCAAAUGUUGGAAAGUCUACGUUAGUUAAUUCCCUAAGAUAUAUCAAUUUUGGUAAGAAAGAUAAUACCACAAAAAGGAGGAAAGUAAGCAAAACAGGAAAUGAGGCAGGUGUCACUAGAAGUACCAGUGAAAUUAUUAGAAUUUCAAAAGAAGAUUCAGUUCAAGGUAUAUAUUUAAUUGAUUCUCCAGGUAUAGGGUUACCAGGACGUGUCAGCAGUCAAUCCCGAAUGUUAGCUCAAGCUCUUUGUGGAUGUGUUAAGGAAACACUGAUUGAUCCAGUUGCGCAAGCUGACUACUUGUUGUUUCUAAUGAACUUACAAAAACCGAAAAAUAAUGUUGAUUGGUAUCCUGAUAAUCAAACAAAGCCAACAAAUGAUAUUUACUCUGUAUUCAGACGGAUGUUUGAUAUGAAAAAGAUUAGUGAUACUACUGCCGCUAUAUCUUGGAUUAAUCAAUGGAAAAGGAAAGGUAAAAAUAUUUUAUUUGAUGUUGAGCCACUACUCACUCCAGAUGAGUUCUCUUAUAAAGAGUAUUUACUCAAUGAUUUGAAAAAAAUUGAAACAUACAAAUUAGAAAAUGAUAAAUUAAAUAUUAAGGGGUCCUCGAAACAAAUAUUCAUUUAA